UUUGACUCUGAUACGCAAACGGAUAAACUAACCUUAAUUAUUCUUAAUAAAUGACAAAGAACACUACAUAUUUCUUAAUUAUUCUAUCAUCAUCACAGCCUUACCAGUCGGCCGGCCGCCGUCGUCUCCGCCUGUCUGUCUCUUCUCUCCUCUGUAUUUAUAUUUGAAAAAACAUAUGUAUAUGGAAGAGGUAAAUCAUCAAAGAAUAAGAACAAACGGGAUCUGGUUACAUAUUGCAGAGAAAGGCAAAGGACCAUUAGUUCUUCUCCUUCAUGGUUUUCCUGAAUUUUGGUAUUCAUGGCGUCAUCAGAUAAGCUUCCUCGCCAACCAUGGCUACCAUGUUGUUGCUCCUGAUUUGAGAGGCUAUGGCGAUUCUGAUUCUCCACUUUCCCCUACCUCUUAUACUAUUUUUCACCUUGUUGGUGAUCUAAUUGGCAUUCUUGACCAUUUUGGUCAACAACAGGCUUUUGUGGUUGGACAUGACUGGGGAGCUCUUCUUGGUUGGCACAUGAGUCUACUCAGGCCUGAUAGAGUCAAGGGACUAAUAGCCAUCUCUGUUCCAUAUUUUCAAAGAAACCCUAAUGCUAAGGUUAUUGAAGCUUUUAGAACUAUCUAUGGAGAUGGGUUUUACAUAUGUCAAUUCCAGGAACCUGGAAGAGCCGAGAAAGCAUUUGCAAGAUAUGAUUAUUUGACCGUGAUGAAGAAGUUUUUAUUGAUAACUAAGACUGAUAAAUUAAUAGCUCCAAUGGGAAUGGAAAUCAUUGAUUAUUUGCAGACACCGGCAGUGUUGCCCCCAUGGAUAACAGAAGAAGAAUUACAGGUUUACGCAGAUAAGUUUCAAGAAACUGGUUUCACUGGUCCUCUUAACUACUACCGUGCUAUGGACUUGAACUGGGAGCUGUGUGGACCAUGGCAAGGAUCAAAGAUUACUGUACCAGCAAAAUUCAUAGUUGGUGACAAAGAUAUUGGGUUCGAUACUGCUGGUACAAAAGAAUAUGUACUGGGGGACACUUUCAAGCAUUUUGUUCCUGAUCUUCAGGUUGUAAUUUUGGAUGGUCAUCAUUUUAUCCAGCAAGAGAAAGCUCAACAAGUCUCAGAGGAAAUUCUUACCUUUCUCCACAAAUUUUCUGUAGAAUGAUAAAUUAAAUUAGGAAAAAACAUUUUUUAUGUUUUAAUUAUAUCCACAUUUAUCACAGCACGAUCAUCAUGUAAUCAUGUUAGUGUCCGAGUUUGGAGUCUGGGCCAGGUUAUUUGUAUUUCUCUUAUUAUGGUUUAUGAAGUUUCUUUUUCAUUUAACAAAUUA